AUGUCAAUUGUUUUAGAAACCUCAUUAGGAGAUAUAAUUAUUGAUCUACAUGUCCAAGUCAGUGUAGCAGCUAAAAACUUCAUUAAACUGUGCAAAUCCAAAUUUUAUAAUGGAGCACUUUUUUACAAUGUUUAAAAAGAUUACUUGACAUCAAUAAAAAGUGUUAAUCCACCUACAACUAUAUACAAUUAACCAUAUUUUGAAGAUUAAAUCAAUCCAUUAUUAAGAGUAUUUAUUAAUUAUUAUACUCUAGCAUAAUUAAUUUGGAGUUGUAGCUACUGCUAAUCCUAAGCCACAUUCAAAUAAUUCUGAUUUUUAUAUUUUAUUGACAUCAAAUGCUUCUUAAUUAGAUGGCAAACAUACAAUAUUUGGAUAAGUUUAAGAAGGUCUAGAAGUCUUAUAAUAAAUAAAUAGAACCCAUAUAGAUGAUGAUGGAAGACCACUAUUAAAUAUCAGAAUUAAACAUACUUAUAUUCUUGAAGAUCCUUUUGAAGAUUUACCUCAUAUGAUUUAUCCUUCAAGAUCUCCUUCUCCUAAUUAUAAAGCAGAAGGAAGAAUUGAAUAUGAUGAGAAAGUUUUAAUUGAAGAAGAUGAAGAAUAAUUAUUAUAAAAAACUAAAUAGCAUCAAUCAAAGAAAAGAGCAGUAACAUUAGAAAUGUUAGGAGAUAUUCCAGAUGCAGAUAUGAAACCUCCAGAAAAUAUAUUAUAUGUAUGUAAAUUAAAUCCCAUAACUGAAGAAAAGGAUUUAGAAGUUAUUUUUUCUAAAUUUGGACUUAUUAAAAGUUGUGAAGUUGUUAGAGAUUGGAAAACUGGAUCUUCUCUGUAGUAUGCUUUUAUUGAAUUUGAAACUAUUGCAGCAUGUGAGGAAGCUUAUAUGAAAAUGGAAAAUGUCAUUAUAGAUGAACGAAGAAUACAUGUAGAUUUUUGUUAAAGUGCUCAUUAAUAAUGGUCAUUAUUAAAAAAAGCAUAAAGAAGAAAAAAAGAAUUAAAUUUAUAAAGAGAAUUAGCAUAAAGAAGCAAAAAUAAAGAUUAAAGUUUUAUAGAAUCUUUGGAACUUAAAAAAGAUUAUUUUCACACUAAAGCUAGUAAUGAUUUGGUUAUUGAUUAACAAGAAAUUUAAAAAUUAUAAGAAUAACAAUUAUUAUAAUUGUAAAUAUAAUUAGAUUGUUAACAAAAAUUAUAAUAACAAUAAUAAUAAUAAGAAAAAUUAAAAAAAGAUAAAAAAAAAAAAAAAAGUGUUGAAAAAAGAAAAAAAAGACAUAGAAGUUCAAGUUAAAGUGACAGUGAUAGUAAUUCAUACUAAAAUAAAAGAAAAAAAGAUAAAAAGAGACAUAAACAUAAGUCAUACGAAAGAGAUUAUUCAAAUGAAAAGGAAAUUAUUAGUAAAAAAAAAGAAAAAUAACUUGAAUAACAAUAAAAUUUAUCAAAAUAAAAAGAAACUAUAAAAUAAAAGGAAAAAGAAAUGGAAUUAGAAAAAUAAGAAAAGGAAAAAGAAAUGGAAAAAGAAAGGGAAAGGGUAAGAGAAAGAGAAAAGGAAAGAGAAAGGGAAAAAGAAAAAGAAAAAGAAAGGGAAAGGGAAAGAGAAAGAGAAAGAGAAAAAGAAAAAGAAAGGGAAAAAGAAAAAGAAAGGGAAAAAGAAAAAGAAAAAGAAAAAGAGAGGGAAAGAGAAAAAUAAAGAGAAAAGGAAAAGGAAAGGGAAAGAGAAAAAUAAAGAGAAAAAGAAAAGGAGAAGGAGAAAGAGAAAGAGAAAGAAAGGGAUUUAGAAAGAGAAAAGUAAUUAAAAGAGAGAGAAAAACAAAAAGAAAGAGAAAGAGAAAGAGAAAAGGAAUUAGAAAAAGAAAGAUAAAGAAAAAAAGAGAAAGAAAAAUUAAAAAAAGAUGAAUAAAAAUCCAAAGAAAAAUUAUUAUAAUAAGAAGAUGGAAAAAAUAAAGAUAAAACUAAAUAAGUUGAAAAUGUUACAGAAAAUGAUAAAAAAGAUAAUUAAAAGUUUAAAUAAGAUUAAGAAAAGUAAAAAGUGAUAACAAAAAAUAAAUAAUCAAAUAAAUCUACAUAAGUAAUUAUUAAUAAUAUUAUUUAAGAAAAAGAGAAAGAGUAAAUCUAGUUCUUCAUCAAAUGAAUCAUCCUCCUCUUCUUCAUCCUCAUCAUCAUCGGAUUCUGAUUCUUCGUCAGAAAGUAGUUCCUCAUCUUCUUCAGAUAAAUGAGAUAUUAAGAUUUGAUUUUAGAUAUUAUAAUUAAACAAAACAUGAC